UGUAGUCCAAGUUGAUCCGUUCUUUUUCCCAAAAGGAAAAUAAAAAACAAAUGCGCAUCAGCAGUAUUGAAAGGGUACUAUGAUACCACUGCACCAAAUGCGUUCACAAUUCUAUCAAAAUUUAUACCCGGUCAAGUCUUUGCUCGCCAUUGCGCGCCGGCCACUCCUACAAAUCCAAUCCUCCGACUGUUCGGGCCCCGCAGCUCCGUUCGUCGCCCCAUCAACCAUCCGGCCUCCGCUCGUCGUGACAUCGUCUCUCUGGAUUCCUCUUCUUGCGAGUCGCGACCUCACAGCCGCGACUGACCAAGUAACCAACGCAGCAACGCUACUAAGCAAGUUGAUUUUGAGUGGGAAACCUAAAUGGUUCAGGAAUUUGAAUAUGAGCAAUGGAGGUAAAGUGGAGAGUAGACAAGAUGGAGGGAAUGCACUGGACAAUCGGGCGAGUUCCCAUGAAUUUGGAAGUGCCAUAUCUAGAAUUGCUGUGGCUCAGAUAUGCGAGAGUGUUGGGUUUGAGAGCUCCACUGAAUCGGCUAUGAAUUCCUUCUCAGACGUUAUAGCCAAGUACAUUUCUGACCUGGGAAAGACUGCUACUUCCUAUGCCAGUUUAUCUGGGAGGUCCCAGUGUAACGUAUUUGAUGUGAUUCACGGGUUAGAGGAUUUCUGUCCACACACGGGGUUUAUGGGUGCUUCAGAAGCAAACGUUUGUGGGGUGAAUUCAGGUGUUAUGAAGGAGAUAGUUGAGUAUGUUGAGGCUUCUGAAGAGAUUCCUUUUGCUCAGCCAGUCUCGCGUUUUCCAGUGAUCAAAAUCCCAAAGAUGAUUCCUACUUUUGAUCAAAUAGGUGAAAAUCCGGAGUCUAAGCACAUCCCGUCUUGGUUGCCCGCAUUCCCCGAUCCUCACACCUAUAUACACACAGAUACAUGGAACGAGAGGGUAUCCGAUCCCCGAGAUGACAAAAUUGAAUUAGCCAGGCAACGCAGGAAGGCAGAGAGGUCUUUGUUGAAUUUGCAGCAGCGGUUGGUAUGCAAUGGUUUGCCAAUGCCUUCGAGUUCACAUAAGCUAGAGCAAUUUCCGGGUUCAAAAUUGACUCUAAAUGACGAGGAGAGUGAGAACCCAUUCCUUGCUAAGACAUUGCAAGCUGGAGAUAAAGAUGCAUCUUCUAUAGCUCUUCCGGCCAAAUUGUCUGCCAACGAGCACCACACCUCUUUACUACAGACUUUUUCUCCUGCAAUCGAGGCCAUUAAAGACGGCAUUUCUGAGAUGGGAAAUGGGACAGAGAAAAAAAAUGUUACCUACAAAAGGCUACCUGCUUUGUGUUUGGAGUUCAAACCUGGUAAGAAGGUUUUAGGUGAUUCUUUGGAUGUGAGGCUUUGGAACAAUGGUGGUUCUAGAAGAGGAGCAUCAUGGUUCAGGAAAGAUGAUGAUAAUAAAGAUGAUAAAAAGAGGAGAGCUGAAUUGAUUCUUCGGCAAUCAAUUGAAAACCAGCAGGAACUGAUGCAAUUGUAAAUUGGUUUGGUGAAAUUAUUUGUGAUCACAAAAGUGUAGGUUUAGUUGAUGAUAAUCAUGAAAAAGCACUGUAUCUAUAUUUCAGGAGCGUGCAGAAGAAGCCAAAUCAUAGUUCGAGGCAUUUUUUCAAAAGUUAGUUAAUUGUUUUCUAUUGAUGAUAUGUUUUUCUACAACUGAAAAAAAUCAAAAUCUAGUUCUUGGUGAGAUUCUUGUUUGUAGAAGUCAUACUUUUCCAAGUUGAAUUGAAGAGCAUUGUACAAUUCGUUUUUCAAUAUUUUUCUUUAAGGAGUUUGUUUUUAACGAGAAUCCAAAGGGUGGUAAAGCAGGAAUUGCUCGUG